UAUUUAUUAUCACCCAACAACAAAGACCAAGUUCAUUCAGUACUAAACGGCAACCCUAUCCUUCAAAACGACCCCACCUUAUUACACACUCACUACCUUAUCCAACGACGGUCUCAUUCAUUCCACCCCACGUGCCAUACUCGUGCAAACUCACCCUUCCCUCACACACACAUGGUGAAAUCACACUCUUACACGUCACAAACCAAAACCCACCCAUGGCAUAACCCGAAUUGCAAAUGGAUAUGCCAAGCAUCUAUAAUGCAUGCAACCCCACAUUCGGAUCGUACCCGCAUAUCCCUAUUUAACUUAACCUUCGUCAAACUCUCAAAUCACACUAACUUGGAUCAAAUUCAAUUCAAGUACACUUUUGCUAGUGGAAACUCGAAAGUCGAAACAGUUUUCCAACCUCGAAUAUUCCCCAGAAAAUUCCAACGAUUCCAUCAUCUUUAUAACCAACUCUCACACCACGCUCUUCCACUGUGCUAACUCCUCACAACCAUAAGAGUCACAAAAUUCUCCAUAACUUCUAGAAACAUCGUUUUCAAAUUAAUGGCGGGAUUUGCUAGAAGGAAACGAGUCACUGAUCUUUUCGACGACGAGGCCAGAGCUCGUCUCUUCGGCGGCGAUCACCGCCAGCUCAGCGGCGUCAGCAGCGGAAGCGAACAUUCCGGCGACGGAGACUCACCUUGCCUGUCCGAGCUCGUGCAUGGUUUUCUGGAGGACAACAGCGGGGAUGACUGUGACUGUGACAGUGACAUUCCGGUGAUGAACGAGUUUGACUCGGAGCGAGUCGACUCGGUCGCCGAGAGGGCUGACUCGGUGGAGGAUCUGCUGAGGCUAAAUGCAGCGAGCACCACCGUGGAGGACGGUUACAAGAAUCUGCUUCAACAGCACGUUUCGGAGGCGGUGGUGAAAUUCUCGUUUGUGAGGGAGAUGAGCGAUUCGCUGUUCCGGCGGAACGUGAUGUCGUUUCUUCGGGAGAACGGGCACAAUGCGGCGAUCUGCAAGACGCGGUGGGAAUCCUCCGGCGGCGGGAUCACCGCCGGCAACUACGAGUUCAUCGACGUGGUGCGAUCUGGUCCGUCCACGUGGCAGAGCCGGUACUUCGUGGACGUUGAUUUCGCCGGACAGUUCGAGAUCGCCCGGCCGACGAGUCGUUACUCGGAGAUUCUGAGCUUCGUUCCCGGAGUUUUCGUCGGAACCGCGGAGGAGGUGAAACGCACCGUUUCGGUGCUGUGUGGUGCCGCGAAACGGUGUUUUAAAAGCAGAGGGCGUAACCUUCCUCCGUGGAGGAAGAACCGGUAUAUGCAGAACAAGUGGUUCGGGCCUUAUCGGAGAACUGUGAACCCGGUUCAAGGAAACCCGGUUCAAAAGCAGAGGGCUCACCCGGCCUUCAGUGACGCUAUGUGUAGAUUUGUGGGGUUCGACGACGCCGUUUCGGAGGUGACUAAGCGUGGCGCUGUUUUUGUCCGUACGAGAUGAUGGAUUGGAUCACAUAUUUUUGUAGUAAUGGAUUAUUUUUGAUGUUUUGGUUUUGACCAUGGAUAUUGGACUCUGUAUAUUUUUAUAGUUUUUAAAUAAAUAAAAAGUUGGAAUCAAGUUGA